UUGUCCAUAGGUUUGGUGAAACGUCUAUCGCGUCUCGGCUUUUUGUAACCAGACCACAGAUGAUACCAGAAUGGCUUAGGGUUGUCUAUUCUCUCGAAUAGCUUGCAGACAGCUGGUGAGGUAUAUUAAGUUUGAGAUAUGGCACGAAAUUGUUUUAUGGGUAGAAAUGCACUGUUUGUAGUGUUCCUUUCGACUAACAAAUUUUGUUUAUGCUGCCAGUGACAUUUUCCAGAGUUUUCAGAAUGCCGUUGUACGAAGGCAUAGGUUUAACUGAAAAACAAGCCGUUGUCAUUGAUAUUGGUGCUGCAUACACGAAGUUUGGUUUUGCUGGAGAAUCGGGACCAAGAUGUAUUAUUCAGACAGAAGUUAAGUGUCCAGAAACGAAACAAGUGAAGAAAGUGUUGCAUUAUUCAAGCAAAGAAGACUUGUAUGACCUCCUUGUUGAAUUUAUCCACAACUUAUAUUUCCGGCAUCUUCUUGUCAGUCCUAAAGAUCGGAGAGUAGUCAUUGUUGAGUCAUUGCUUUGUCCAACACUAUUCAGAGAGACUUUAGCCAAAGUGCUCUUUCGGCAUUUUGAGGUUUCAUCUGUACUGUUUGUUCCAUCACACCUGGUGUCGCUGUGCACACUUGGUGUCAACACGGCUGUCAUCCUUGAUGUGGGAUAUAUAGAGGCAGUUUUAAUACCUGUGUUUGAAGGUGUACCCGUAUUGCACGCGUGGCAAGCACAGCCCCGGGCUGCGGAAGCUGUUGAGAGCUCACUGAAGGCUUUGUUGUUGAGUCAUAACAAUGACAAAGAGGACUUUCCAGAAUCUGCAAUAGAAGAUAUAAAAGUGCGAACAUGCUUUGUAACUAGUUUGGAACGAGCUUUGCAACUAGAAACAGUUGAGCCUCCACCAGAUGUUGUAUAUCGAGAGGGUGGUACCAAGAUAUUCAAUAUCCCUGGGAAAGUCAGAGAAGCUGUAUAUGAAGUACUGUUUGAACAGGACAAUGAUCAGAUAUCUAUUUCUACAAUGAUCCUUGAUGCUAUUAUUAAGUGUCCUAUAGAUAUGAGAAAACCCCUUGCAGAGAACAUCCUGGUGAUGGGCGGCACCGCCAUGGCCCCUGGCUUUAAGGCAAGACUUCUGGGUGAACUGAAGUACCUCCUGCAGCAGCCCAAGUAUUCAUCCAGACUGGCACUUAAAACCUUCAAAUUUCACAAGCCACCAGCCAAAGAAAACUAUGUUGCCUGGCUUGGAGGAGCCAUCUUUGGAGGAACAGAUAUGAUCUCCACGCGAUCUCUCACAAAGGAAGCAUAUUUGAAACACAAUAAUGUACCGGACUGGGCUGACUUAUCAUACAACUGCCGAGAAGAAGACAAGAUAUCAUUAUGAAGUGUCAUAACAUUGUUCUCUUUGUACUGAUUUUGUUAUAAUUUCAGCUUUUUUUUACUGUUAUUCACAGUAUAUAUCCAUGCAGCUGAUAUAAAGCCAUCACCAUAUAUGUGACAAUGUAUAACACUUAUUCUUAAUGUAUUUAAAUUGUCAAAUAAAAUUUCAUCAAACAGUA